AGUGUAUGCAUUUUGUCAUACUUAUGCUUGGUCUAAUACACAAGUUAGCCACAAAUGCUGCUACUUGCACGCAAAAAAAUCACAAAAGCUUUCUUCAGAAAUAUUACUUGGGAAAACAGCAUGCGUGGAUGGUUGCACAGCCAUAGUUGCAUACAAUGGAAACUGAAGCCCUCAUCUCUCCUGGAUCUCAAUGGGUCGAAGUGCGCAAAAUCGAAUCCAAAAACCUUAUCGAAGUUCAGCCUUCUGCCUCUACCAAGCACAAGAGGUCUUUUAGAAGAAUUAGCAAAAGAGCCAGUAGAGUUGAUUCGAUAGAUGCUGAGUCCAUGAAUUUUCUUGGCACUAAUCCCCAUCACAAUGAGGAGCUGUCCUCAUGGCACACCCUGGCCUUGGCAUUUCAAACCCUCGGUGUGGUGUACGGUGACCUAGGCACGAGCCCUCUCUAUGUUUUCAGUGAUGUCUUCACAAAGGCCCCAAUCAAUGCAGAGGACGACGUGUUAGGGGGACUCUCACUAGUCAUGUAUACAAUAGCACUCUUUCCAUUUGCAAAGUACGUUUUCAUUGUGCUCAAAGCAAAUGAUAAUGGUGAAGGAGGAACUUUUGCCCUGUAUUCUCUAAUAUGCAGAUAUGCUAAAAUUAACUUACUGCCUAACCAGCAACCAGCAGAUAAGCUCAUCUCAAGCUUCAGACUAGAGUUACCAUCACCAGAAUUAGAAAGAGCAUUGCACAUUAAAGAAAACCUUGAGAAGAGCCCCCUAUCUAAGACCCUUCUAUUGUUGUUAGUGUUGAUGGGAACUUCGAUGAUCAUAGGGGAUGGCAUACUAACUCCUGCUAUGUCAGUUAUGUCAGCUGUGAGUGGUCUACAAGGUGAAAUUCCAGGUUUCGACGAAGAUUCAGUGGUAAAAACCUCCGUCAUAAUUCUGGUGGGUUUAUUUAGCAUACAAAGGUUCGGUACAAGCAAAGUGGGCUUGACAUUCGCCCCUGUAUUGGCAUUGUGGUUCUUCUGUCUAGGGUUGAUGGGGCUCUACAACAUUCUAAAGCAUGAUAUCACCAUCCUAAGGGCUUUUAAUCCAGCUUACAUCUAUCUGUUUUUCAAAAGGAAUGGUGCAAAAGCAUGGUCAGCCCUUGGGGGAUGUGUCCUAUGCAUAACAGGGGCAGAAGCAAUGUUUGCUGAUUUAGGUCACUUCUCAGUGCACUCUAUCCAGAUUGCAUUCACUUUUGUGGUGUUCCCCUGCCUGCUUUUGGCUUACAUGGGCCAAGCAGCGUACUUGAUCAAAUAUCCAGCAUCGGCGGAGAGGAUAUUCUAUGCUUCAGUACCAGAUGGUUUCUUCUGGCCAGUAUUUGGAAUAGCUACACUUGCAGCCAUGAUAGCAAGCCAAGCCAUGAUAUCAGCAACAUUUUCAUGCAUCAAACAGUCAAUGGCUCUGAGUUGUUUCCCAAGGCUGAAGGUAGUGCACACAUCAACAAGAUUCAUGGGACAGAUUUAUAUUCCAGUCGUAAACUGGUUCCUGAUGAUAAUGUGUAUAACUGUGGUUGCCACCUUCAGAAACACAAAUGCUAUAGCAAAUGCCUAUGGUAUCGCAGAGGUAGGAGUGAUGAUGGUGAGUACCACCCUGGUCACCCUGGUGCUGCUUCUAAUAUGGCAGAAAAACAUAUUGUGGGCCCUGAGUUUUCCUGCAAUCUUUGGAACUGUGGAGCUCAUCUACUUAUCAUCAGUCUUGACAAAAAUUCAAGAAGGUGGUUGGCUACCCCUCGCUUUCUCAUCAUGUUUCCUAUGUGUGAUGUUCACCUGGAACUAUGGCAGUGUAUUGAAGUACCAAAGUGAAGUAAGAGAAAAGAUAUCAAUGGACUUCAUGAUAGAACUUGGAGCUAACCUUGGUACAGUAAGAGUACCAGGCAUCAGUUUGAUCUACAACGAGCUUGUCCAAGGAAUCCCAUCAAUUUUAGGGCAGUUUCUAGUGAAUCUUCCAGCAAUUCACUCUACUGUAGUCUUUGUCUGUGUAAAAUAUGUACCUGUUCCCGUUGUUCCAGAAGAGGAGCGAUUUCUUUUCAGAAGGAUAUGUCCAAAAGACUAUCACAUGUUUCGUUGUAUCGCAAGAUAUGGUUACAAGGACCAUCGAAGAGAUGAAGACAGUUUAUUCGAGCAAUUCCUCAUAGAGAGCCUUGAGAAUUUUUUGCGAAAAGAGGCUGAGGAACUUGCCUUGGAAAAUAACAAAUUAGAGUUGGAUUUUGCAAAUAACCCAGUUGUCCCCAAGGAUUCUUCAGAGCUCUACACACCAUUGAUGUCAGAUCAAAGGCAUUUAGGCAUUGGGUACAGCGUUUCCAAGUCUACAAAUUUUUCACACCUUCAGGAACCACUAAUGGCAGAUAAAAGGCAUGAAGAAAACAUUAAUAGUUCCAUUUCAAAAGGAAGGCCAAACUUUAUCCGAACGGGACUGCCAACUACUGCUAUGAAUGUCGAUGAAGAUGUUGGUCUUGAAUACGAGCUUGCAGCUUUGCAUGAGGCCAAAGAUUCAGGGGUUACACAUUUUGUUGCUCAUGCAGAAGUGAGGGCCAGAAAGCGAUCCUGGUUUCUCAAGAAAUUGGUCAUAAACUACUUCUAUUCAUUCAUGAGGAGGAAUUGCCGAGCGAGGGCUGUAGCCCCCCAUGACAAUCUAUUACGAGUUGGAAUGACAUACAUGGUUUAAAAUAACAAUAUCUUACACUUAGGCAUGGGGCCUGUCACCUGGGUUCAAGAAAAAUCAUUCACAUCCCCUGAAGUCCCACUCAUAAGCCUUUGAUCCUUGAAAUGUAUCUAUUUAAUCAUGUAUUGUGCCAAACUUACUAAUGUAUUGUGUUCAAAGCAGCUCCUAGUCCUACUUCUACCCCAUGAAACAAGAUAUGAAAAAGGGCUCAAAGCCAGAAAGAAUUUACUGCUAAAGGGCUCAAAGCCAGAAAGAAUUUACUGCUAAUGCCCUCUAAGGUACUCUAACCAUUUGAAUUGAAUCUGAAAUAUACCAAGCACUUCCACUAGGGUAAAAACAAAUUGAAUAGAUAAUUAUCUCAAAAUAUA